AGGCGUCGGCGGCGUCGGCGGCGUUGGCGGCGUCGUGGGGGCCGGGCCGGUGUUUACACGGCGGCGGGAGGGCGCGGACGCGGAACCCGGCGCGGCGGCGGCGGCACGAUGGUCAUGGCGCAUUUCGUUGAGAAUUUUUGGGGGGAAAAAAAUACUGGCUUUGAUGUCCUUUACCAUAAUAUGAAAUAUGGACAGAUAUCGACAAAAGAACUAGCAGAUUUUGUAAGAGAAAGGGCUACAAUAGAAGAGGCGUACUCCAGGUCAAUGACAAAACUAGCAAAAUCCGCAAGCAACUAUUCACAACUUGGAACAUUUGCACCAGUGUGGGAUGUGUUCAAAACAUCUACAGAGAAAUUAGCAAAUUGCCACUUAGAUCUUGUUAGAAAAUUACAAGAAUUAAUAAAAGAAGUUCAGAAGUAUGGAGAAGAACAAGUAAAAUUGCAUAAAAAGACUAAAGAAGAAGUUGCAGGAACUCUGGAAGCUGUUCAAACCAUUCAGAGCAUAACUCAGGCCCUUCAGAAAUCCAAGGAAAAUUACAAUGCCAAAUGUGUAGAACAGGAACGUUUGAAAAAGGAAGGAGCUACACAAAGAGAAACAGAAAAGGCAGCUGUUAAAGCUAAGAAAGCUACAGAUACCUAUAAACUCUAUGUGGAAAAAUAUGCAUUAGCAAAAGCUGAUUUUGAACAGAAAAUGACAGAAACAGCUCAGAAAUUUCAAGAUAUUGAAGAAACUCAUCUUAUUCACAUAAAGGAAAUUAUAGGAUCUUUGUCAAGUGCUAUAAAGGAAAUUCAUUUGCAGAUAGGCCAGGUCCAUGAAGAAUUUAUAAAUAACAUGGCUAAUACUACAGUUGAAGGCUUGAUACAAAAAUUUGCUGAGUCUAAGGGCACUGGGAAGGAAAGACCUGGCCUUUUUGAAUUUGAAGAAUGUGACCCUGCUAGUGCAGUUGAGGGUAUAAAACCAAGGAAAAGAAAGACUUUUGGUUUGCCAGGCAUAAUUAAAAAGGAAAAGGAUACAGAGUCUGUGGAAUGCCCUGAUGCAGAUUCACUUAAGACAUCAGAUGGAGCUCCCUGUGGGUACAGUGGGAGAGUAGAUUUACCAAAUGAUAACAUUCCUGAUGUAGAUGAAGAGGGCUAUAGUAUAAAACCAGAAGCAAAUCAGAAUGAUACCAAAGAGAACCAUUUCUACUCAUCUAGUGAUUCUGAUUCUGAAGAUGAAGAACCAAAGAAAUACCGGAUAGAAAUCAAACCUAUGCAUCCAAAUAACUCACAUCACACAAUGGCUUCAUUGGAUGAAUUAAAAGUAUCUAUAGGAAAUAUAACGCUCUCCCCAGCAGUAUCUAGACACAGCCCAGUGCAGAUGAAUCGGAAUUCAUCUAAUGAAGAAUUAACAAAAUCGAAGCCAUCUGCUGCAUCCAAUGAUAAAGGGAACAGUGAUUUACUUGCUUGGGACCCCCUGUUUGGACCAUCUCUUGAUUCAUCUUCUUCAGCUUCACUAACUUCGUCAUCAUCAGCCAGGCCCACAACUCCUCUUUCUAUAGGCACCAUUGUCCCACCUCCAAGGCCUGCUUCCAGACCAAAGCUUACUUCAGGCAAACUCAGUGGGAUUAAUGAAAUACCCAGGCCAUUCAGCCCACCUGUAACGUCUAGUACCAGCCCACCUCCUGCUGCUCCAUUAGCCCGGGCAGAAAGUUCUUCCUCUAUCUCGUCUUCUGCUUCAUUAAGUGCUGCCAAUACUCCAACAGUAGGUGUGUCACGAGGUCCCAGUCCUGUCAGCCUCGGAAAUCAGGACACCUUACCUGUGGCAGUCGCCCUUACAGAAUCUGUUAAUGCCUACUUUAAAGGAGCAGAUCCCACCAAGUGUAUUGUGAAGAUCACUGGUGACAUGACAAUAUCAUUUCCAAGUGGAGUUAUUAAAGUCUUCACUAGCAAUCCAUCUCCAGCUGUGCUCUGCUUCAGGGUGAAAAAUAUCAGCAGACUAGAGCAAAUUCUUCCAAAUGCACAACUUGUGUUCAGUGAUCCAUCACAGUGUGAUUCUAACACAAAAGAUUUUUGGAUGAAUAUGCAAGCUGUUACUGUCUACCUCAAGAAGCUGUCAGAGCAAAAUCCAGCUGCUUCUUAUUAUAAUGUAGAUGUAUUAAAGUAUCAGGUAUCAUCAAAUGGUAUUCAGUCCACUCCUCUAAAUCUUGCAACAUAUUGGAAAUGUAGUGCUGGCACCACAGAUGUUAGAGUGGAUUAUAAGUACAACCCAGAAGCUAUGGUGGCACCAAGUGUACUUUCCAACAUACAGGUGGUGGUACCAGUGGAUGGAGGAGUCACAAACAUGCAGUCCCUUCCCCCUGCAAUAUGGAAUGCAGAACAGAUGAAAGCCUUUUGGAAACUCUCUGGUAUUUCAGAAAAAUCAGAAAAUGGAGGUGCUGGGUCCCUCAGAGCAAAAUUUGAUCUUUCAGAAGGACCCAGUAAACCCACAACACUUGCAGUGCAAUUCCUCAGCGAGGGAAAUACCCUCUCAGGAGUAGAUAUUGAACUUGUAGGCACUGGCUACAGGCUUUCCUUAGUAAAGAAGCGGUUUGCCACGGGACGAUACCUGGCGGAUUGUUGAUGGACCCUGGAAAGUGGUUGGCUCAAGGGAGUAGUACAAACCUGCCAUUCUGCAUUAUCUGUUCUUUCCAGACACUAUUCGAACUCGUAUUAUGUCUUUGAGAGCUGACUACAAACAUUAAAUUGCACUUUUGAAGUGAGUCAUUGAAAGAAAUAGCACUGAAAUAAUUUUCAACGCUGUAAAUGAUCAACUUCAAUAUUCAGGAAGCACAUUUAUUCAGAUUCUCAGUAAAAUGAAGUUUUUAUAGGCUGAAAUUUUAAAUUUAAAUUAUCUUCAGUGUCUAUGUUGAAAAAGGGGUUAUAGUGUAUCAGGCCUAAAAUUUUAGGAGAGCAAGCACAAAGUAAUUUAGCUUUCCGUAAGUUUUUAGAGUCAGAGAUAGCUUUGAAAUUUUGUAAGUUUGAUAUUGAAUGAAUACAAACAGAACGUGAAUUCUAAGUUUUGGAUAAUGUUAAUUUAGAACACUCAAUCAAAUUGAGUUAUGUGCCAUAAAGUAAUCAGAUCAGAGUCCAAGCUGUAUGCAAAAAUUUAUAAUUUGAUUCUCAUAAAUGUAUUAAUAAAGUGUAAAUGUUAUUUUAUGAUUUUUUUAAAUCCUUAAGUGCAAUGUGUUUUAAAAUAAGCUUGCAAAAGACAGCAGAGUGAUUUACUUCUGCAGUUAACUUUAUAGAAGUUGUGAUUGUUUUGAUGAAUUAAUGCUGUAGAUUUAAUUUAUUUUUAUAUGGGUUGCAUAAUGUGUGCCUUUUAAAACAAUAACAAAACCCAGAAAUGUGCCUAUCCAGUUUGUGUUCAUUAAUGUGCCUCACUUUUUCUCACAGUCUGGAUCUUCUAUUCAGAAUCAUAGAGUGGGCAAACAUAUUUACAAGAUAAUUGCAAUUUUUAAAAAUAUCUUUUGCUGCAGUUGGGAAGGGAAUUCAGAAUAACUAAAGGAUAAUUUAUACUUAAGAACCCUGGCUCACUUCUUUAGUGAUACACUGUAGCCACUAGAGAAAUGUUAACUAAUGGCAUAUGUUUACAGGGGAAGAAAUUACCUUCAGAUAUUCCACUUUAACCUGAUCAAAAAGUUCUGAAAAACUGUAACGGUAAAUUGGUAACUGGUAUUUUAACUCUCAAUUUAACACUUCCCUUCACUCUGAUAAUUGUUAAAAAUAUUUACUGAAUGUGUUGUGAGCACGAAUUUUGUAGUAGUUUGAGAGGAACACACUUUAGAAAAGAUUAGUUUUGGCAUUUUCAACAACUGGAGAAAUUACCAAUUUGUAUUUUUUUUGUUCCUAUUUAAUUGCUACCUGGUAAAAGUAGAGAAAUUGAAAUGAUGGAUUGGGUUAAACAUUUCUUAAAUAAACUACUAAUUUUUAAUAGUAAAAAAACCUAACUUUAUAGCAAAUCCUGAUUAAUUGAAGGAAUUAAGUAUUUUGGACAAAGUUUAAUAAUUUACAAAUGGGGAUUUUAUUUAUAAGUACCAGUGUCUUGCAUUUUGCAUAGAAUAAACUGUUGUAGAUGAUAAUUUAUAUAAAACCACUAAUUGUUCUGUUAAGCUUUACAGAAAAUAAAACCCCUACUACUAGACAUUUAUGUAACAUCUUGCUAUACUAAAUACAGCAGAAAAUCUACUCAUUAGCAAUAUAUAUAUAUAUACAUAUAUAUAUAUAUAUAUAUAUAUAAAACACAAUGUGCUUUUUAAUAUAUUCAGUGUUAGCCCAGUUCUAAAUUUAGGUUUGACUAAAGCAGUACAUAAAACAAUUUGCUAAAAUGUUCAUCUUUACUAAAUAGUGGGCAGAAUUAUAAUUUCUAACUUACAUUGUGCUCUUUUAAAUGCCAAUUACAGUCCCUUACUGGAAUCUUAACUGUAACUGCUUUGCAGUCAGGCUGCUUUUAUUGGGCAGUUAAUAUUUUAUUAUUGGAAUUCAGACACCAUUAUACUCACCAUGUUUGCUUUUAAUCAAGUAUUACCUAAAAAUGUACAAAUUAGUGAAGUGGUUAAAGUUCUGCACUUUCUUAAUUACCACAGUCUUCAUACCAAGUGUUAAUACAUAAAUUUGUUUGGGUGCAGGUUACAAUUUUAAAGCCAUAUGAGUUUAUAUUGAUUUUUUUUCAUUUAAAAAUCCACUAAUGGUGUAAAAAAAGACCAAUAGAUUUUCAGUGGGAAAUGUAUUUAGCAAGCUGGUUCUUGCUUAUGUAUAGUGAUAAACUUUGUAGUUGCCUCUUUAACCAAGAAUUUGAAAACACAGAAGAACUCUAACAAAUGUGCGUUUUUAAGAAUUUGUUAUUUACUAUUUGAGUUGUAAUUAGAACACUGCAAAUCUUACAAAAUUUUGUAAAUAUUUUUGAUUUUUUCAUAAAAUGUAAAUUUUACAUGAAAGUUGUACCCUUAAUAAACAUGUAAUAUAUAAUUUA